AUGAUGUCGGAAUAUGUCGACAGCCCGUUUCAAAUGGACGAGGACUUGGUUCCUGACGAGGAGUGUGUCGCUCAGAAAAUACCGUCUCUAUUGGACAAGGGCCAGACGUCUCUGUUGAUCAAUAUCACGCCUGAUGAGGCUCAAUUUGCACAACCGGUUAUAGUUGCAGAUGAGAGAAACAUUGGCGGCACGUCCACAACUUUUCCGGAACCCGAGGGCCCCCUCAAACUUCGUUCAAGAAUAGGUCUUCUAAAGAGUGAAGAAGCCACCGGGACGACCACCGAGGAGGACGAAUUGACAUACGAAGAAGACGUAGACGAUAAGUUCGACAAAGAUGCUGCGGCCAGACUUCACGCCGAGUUCAAAGCAGCACAGGCGGCACAGCAGAAGCAGCCGCUAACACCCCCAGAGAACUUUGCCCCAGUCAUCGAUAAGAUCUAUCGCUCGUCGUUUCCACAGGCGCAAAACUUUCCGUUUUUAAAGAAACUUGGAUUGAAAUCCGUCCUUUGCUUGAUACCAGAGGAGUAUCCACAGAGUCACGAGGAGUUCUUCGAACAAGAAGGGAUCAAGCUCUUCCAGCUCGGGAUGGCAGGAAACAAAGAGCCAUUCGUCAAAAUCAGUCUGUCUCUUAUCACCGAAGCCAUGAAGAUUCUACUCGAUCCCGAGAAUCGUCCGAUUCUCAUCCAUUGUAACCGUGGAAAACAUAGAACAGGCUGUUUGGUCGGAACGUUGCGUAGGCUCCAGGGUUGGUCACUUACAAUCAUUUUCGAUGAGUAUCGUAAAUUCGCUGCUCCCAAAGAGCGGUCUAUGGACCAGCAAUUCAUCGAGCUCUACGACCAGACAGAUAUCCUACGAUACGCACAGACACACAACUACCUCCCACUCCCGUGGGACUAG